UACUGAUUUGUGAUCAGCCAAAUUCAAAUUAUACUCGCACAGCUAUUCUAUAUCUAGUUCACUAUAUUUUUUUUAUGUAUAAUGACAACAUAUUUGCAAUUUUAGUCAUCAGUGCGCGUCCUCUGCAGUAUAAUCUACGAAUUCUAUCUUAUCUAAGAGAUUAGCAUAAAUAUUUAGUGAACUCUUCGUAAAAAAUGUUUGAAAAUUUACCAAUGUUCAAGUAUUGAGAAUUUUAACUUGUCUUCUAUAAAUAAUAGCUUAAGAGAAAAUUCGAUUUAAAUCUGCUGAUAGUUAUACCUUUACAAUCGUUUUAUUAUGUUUUCUUCAAUGUUUAAAUCGCUUUUUAAUAAAUCUGAUAAAAAACUUCAAAAGAAACCUAUAGAUUGUCAACCAGUUUUAAUCACUAAAGAAGAAGUUAAAGACAUGCUUAUUUCGUUGAAUGAAAUUGACACUGACUUAAAAGAAAUUUUAGAUAAUGGUAUUAGUUGUUCUGUGUCAUUAGAUAAUAUUGAUAAUAUCGAGUCAGUGCCUAUUACUGAUACUCAUCAAGAAUAUUCUAAUGAUAGUGCUUCAGUUGACGAUUUUGACGAUUCUAAAAGUGAAGUUAGUUAUACUGAAGAAAACCAGCUAGAAUUUGAAACAGUUAAAAAUGUUGAUAAAAACAACACUGCUAAUAAAAUCAACAAUCUUCAGUGUUUAUUUACGUGGAAUAUAAAAUCUAAUAACAAAAAAAAUAUAAUUUUAUUGAUACAAAAUAAAUACGGAGAUUACAACUUGGAUAUAUCCUCAUUCGAGUUUACAUUUGAAAGGUAUGUAGGUAAUUUAAUUAUUGGUUAUGAAUUUUUUCACAAAGAUGAGUCCGAAUUAGGACAAUUGAAAAUAUUAGAAAUUGGGAAAUGGCUUGAAGAACUAGAUAAAGGUACUGAUGAAUUUUAUUUAUCUAUUAAUGUUGGUCUUCAAUAUGUUUUAAAGGCAACUUUUAUUCAUAUGUUAUUUGCUACAAAUCUUACUGGAGAGUGUAAAUGGUUGUUAGAUGACAUUAUACUAUUGGAUAAUAUGGAUUCUAAAUCAAAAGCUACUGUACAUGCAAUACGUGCAGCUGUAUUUACUGAAUAUGGUGGAAGUUCUCACAUUUUUAAAAGAGCUUGUGACAGUGCAAGAAAAGCAUGUGAUUUAGAUCCUAAUACUUCACAGUGGUUUUAUAUUUAUUCACUUGCUUUGGCAGCGCAAAGGAAAUUUUUAUAUUCUCAUAAAUCAAAUCCAACAGAAAAUGAAAGAAAUGCUAUUCAGCAUGCAAUUAUGUUGUCUGAUGGAAAUAAUACUGUUUUCAACUACCAUAGAAUGAUAUUAGAUAGAGAUACUGCAAUUCGAUAUUAUCAUGAUAAUAAAAAUAAUCGUGAUAAAUCUUGGAUUGAAAAAAAUCUGCAGGCAAAUAAAACAAUUGUUCAAAUGAUUAAAGCUAUAAUAAGCAUGGAACCAAAAGAUCCUCAUUUGGUAGUUAAAUGUGCUAAAGUAAUAAUGACUCUUCCAAUUAUGGUCCGUGAUUUUAAUUUGGGAAAACAAUAUUUGACUAAAGCCUAUGAAAUGGCACCAAAUGAUGUUACUGUUUUAAAAGCUAUCAAAAAAACAGUUGAAGCUUAUGAAGAUAUUUCUAAAAAACAGAAACCAAAAACAACUAAAACUAAACAUGAAUAUCCAUCACGGAAAAAUAGAACACCAAGAUUAGGAAAUGAUUUAGGAUUCAUAGUAAAAAAACAAAAAAAUGGAGAAGAUCCCAUUCCUUUUCUCACUAAUUUAAUUCCUAAAUAUGAUGGACUUGAUAAAUCAAAAAUUGUAGCUCAAUUGUGUUCGUAUUUGAUAUUAUUCACAAACAACUUAAGAUCUGGUGUUGAAGAAUUUAUUAAGUUGAUAGAAACACCAGGAAUUGCUAAUAAUUAUAUAAUUACGGUAAUUUUUUCAUCAUUUGGUUCAAAGAAGUUUCACUUAGCAGAACUUAUUUGUAAUGAAAUUAGAUUGGCUACAAAUUCAAGUAGCAUUGCUCCUGAUGAUAUGUUGUACUUUUUAAAAAUGUUAACUAAAAUCAUGGAAACUUGUAACUUACAAAUAAAAGAUGUUGAUUCAUCUUUGAAAGCCAAGCUAAUCAUUGAUUCUUCUGCUAAAUCUUCGUUAUCAAAUUAUACAUCAUAUCAAAGUGGAACUGGUUCAUCAGAUGAUGAGAGUGAUGUUGAAAAAGUUUUUGUUAAACAUAAUACUAGAAGCCGUAAGUUAAAACAUUUGCAAAAUAGUCGUAAAGUAUUUCCCAAAAUGCCUGAAGCAAAUAAAGGACCAAAUAGAACAUAUGAUAAAUCCUCAAGAAAUCAUCAAAAUAAAACCCUUCAAAACACAACUGCAGCAAUCAAUGAAAUGAAUUUUAAAAUGACAAAGUUUUUAAAUAUUUCUUCUGCUGAAGAACCAACAUAUUUUAAUAACUCUAAUACUUUGACAUUUGAAAACCUUAGAAAUGUUCAAACACAAUCUCAAAUAAAUCAAUAUACCCACCAGUUAUAUCAACAUAUCUUGACUAAUAAUAAUACACAUCAACACCAGAUAAAUAUACCUGAUUCUUCAACAGGAUAUUAUGGUAGACAUAAUAUAGGUAAUCCUGCAUUUCCAAAUUUUAAUUCUAUGUCACAAUAUUCUCAAUUUCAAAAUCAACAAACACCUUCAUUACUUGAUAUAAGACCUCAGAUAAAUCAACAAACUCCAAAAAAAAAUACCCAACGAAUGAAAUGGAAUCCUAAAAAUAAAUAAGUUACUGAUUUGAUAUUUUCUUUGAUUUAGUAAAAUAAAUAAGCAGUUUUAAUAUUAGUAAUGUGAGAAAUUUUCUUCAUGAAGUACUCUUUAUAACACGUUGUUAUUUUUUAAGAUUUUAGUUUAUAAACCUUAAAGUUUAUUAACAUAACUUAUUUUGCAACAAGUUAUGUUACAUUCCAUGUAUAGCUUAUUAAAAUCUCAUGUUAAUUAUUUUU